ACUCAAAUAUAUUUGCGGGACGUUGGAGCAGAUGUUUGACUGUAUUAACGCCAAGAAGUCGCUGAUUCCUCCAGACCACAGAGCCACGAGAAGAUGUCUGCAUUAGUCGACUAUGAGGACUCAGACGAUGAUUCGUUGGAUCAGAUCGAGGAGAGAGCAUCAGCCGUCCACGCUGUAUCUUCUGAACAGAACCGAGAAGUUGUGUCGUGUGAAGACUCCGAGGCAGCACCCAGUCCUACAGGUUUCACUCCUGAGCGGACAGCGUUGGAAUAUCAUGGAAACACCUUAGACAGAACCAGUCCUUCCCUACAUCCUCAUCCCCAGCCGCAGAGCUGCACUGACUGGGAGAGACAAUAUUGUGGUUCUGGGGACACUGCAGCUCCUCUGAGUUCACCUGAGGCUCAGGGGAGGAUGGCGCCCCGGCAGGCCCUUCCUUGCAUACCCCAAAGCUCCAGCGAGGCUUCAAACCCAGCAAAGAGACAACUAACUGCCCCGCCUGGAGUCAGACCGUACAUCCCUAAGAGGCAGAGACUCGCCGCUUCAGUACAGACAGUGGACCCAGAGCAUACAGCAGAACAAGUAGAACAAGGGAACCAGACAAGGGAAAGCCACAUUCUCUCAAAUGUAUCAGCAAGACUGAAGCCGUAUCUCACAGAAAAUCCCAGCGCAGCGGGGAUCCCCAGGAGGCCCCUGAUGAGCCUGGGGGGCCACCAGGGCCCGGUCAACACGGUGCAGUGGUGUCCAGUGCCUCAUCUCAGUCAUCUGCUGCUGUCCGCCUCCAUGGACAAGACUUUCAAGGUGUGGGACGGAGCGGAGAGCGGCCGAUGCCUCAGGGUCUACACCUGCCAUUCGGGAGCCGUGCGUGACGCCUGCUGGACCCCCUGUGGGCGACGCCUCCUCACCGGCUCGUUUGACAACAAGGCUGUGAUCACCGACGUGGAGACGGGGCAGCAGGCGGUGAAACUGGACAACCAGUUUAAGGUGAUGUGUGUGGCUCUACAUCCCAGCAGCCCAGAGGUGUUCCUGUGUGGAGGCUACAGUUCAGCGGUCAAAGCCUGGGACUCUCGCAGCUGCAAGGUGGUGAAGGUUUACAAAGCAGGGAUCCAGCAGACCUUGGACAUCCUCUUCCUGAGAGGUGGUGCAGAUUUAAUAACCAGCUCCGACUGCGUGAGCAGAGACUCAGCAGACCGCACCCUCAUCGCCUGGGACUACCAGACCACAGCCAAGGUCUCCAACCAGAUCUACCACGAGCGUUACACGUGCCCGAGCCUGGCGCUUCACCCGCUGGAGGAGUCCUUUGUAGCGCAGACCAAUGGGAACUACGUGGCGGUGUUCUCCUCCCAGCAGCCCUAUAGGAUGAACAAGAGGCGCCGAUUCGAAGGACACAAGGUGGAGGGCUAUGCGGUGCAGUGUGACUUCUCUCUGGAUGGAACCAUCCUAGCCUCAGGGAGCUCCACCGGCUGCGCUCACUUCUACGACUACCACAACGCUCGCAUGCUGCACUCGGUGCAGGCGCACAGCCGGCCCUGCCUGUCUGUCGCCCAGCAUCCCGUCCUGCCGGCGACUGCUGCCACCUGCGACUGGACUGGUGAGAUUAAAGUCUGGCACUGACAGCCGAGUGUACGAGUAAAUAUAGACUUAAAAACCAGCAACGUGGCCAAGAGAGGAAAGACUGUGUUCAACUGGAAACUCAUGCACGUUCGUCUUCACGACUUUAUCUCCCAUAAUCUCUUGGCAGAGGAAGAUAAGAACUUGGAAAAAAAUGCUGGAAGUCAGCGAAUCUACUAUCUACUGUGUCUUUGAAAACACAUUUUUUUACACUGUGUAUCUUGCAAAGCCUUUAUAUUGUAUUAAAAAGAAAAAAC